CCACUACUAACCUUAAAAUAAUGACAGGCGGGAGGAGGGGCGACUGAGGUUGGGUUGAGCGGAGAAGUGGAGGGCGGAUCAAAAUCAAAAAUCUGCCUUUUCUUUAUUUUUAUUAAAUUUUUAGACCUUUUAUGAAAUAUUGUGUAAUUUAUAACUAUACACAUUUGAAUAAUGGACAAGGAAUUUAAAUAAACCAACUAGAUUUUUUAUAUAACAUGGAAGGUGGUGCGGGAUUUUUCAAAGAUUUUCAUGGUUUGCAAAAGAUUGAAACAAUUCAAAUACUACCGUAUUCUAUAUCCGAAUGUGAAUAUGAGAGAAUUGAAAAUCUUUUCAAAUACAGUAAUGAUUCCAAUACAUCAACUGGACUCAUCUUCUUACAUUACUUUCGAGAUAUAAUUAAGAGACAAAUUGAAGUAACAAUUAAAGAUGAUGUACCUCUAGAAGAGAUCAUCUGCAAAAAUAUUGUGAAAAUAUUAAAAGAAUAUAAAUUAAGACAAUAUUUUAACAGGCAGUUUUUUGUUAAACUACCUGCAAAUACUCUUGAAAGGAUUUAUAAGCUAGUAGAGAAUAUAACAGAUCGUCUGCCCAAUGACCAUUUUAAUAGAGUUUAUAAUAAGGAUACUCAGCCAUCAUGGGAUAUAGAUUUCCUUAAACCUUAUGUAUCUCUAAAUCCAGUUUUUUCUGUUCCUCUGAAAGAUAAAUUUCCUGAAAUUCAAAAUAAAAUUGACAAUCAGAAGAAAAAUGAGUUUUCUUUACUAUAUAUUGAUCCAAAAAAUGAUAGCCAGAAACAUUCAGAAUCUUAUUCUCUCCAAACAAUGUUUGAAAUAUAUAAAGAUUCCAUACCAAAUUACAACUAUGAAGAAUUCAAGUCGAUAGUGCAAGAUCAACUAAUAUCCAAUAAAAGCGAUGAUGAUGUUGCAGCAUAUUUGUUAGAUACAUUUGGUUGUGCUAUUUUUGAUUUUAUAUCAGAAAUUGUGAGAAAUAGACAUAAUGUAAUCGAUUACAGUUCUAAACAGUAUUUUGAAAAUGGAAGUAACUCACUUAAAACGUUUACCAAAAACAGUAGUAGUGCCGUUAUAGCUGGUACUGUAACAGUUCAGUCUGAGAAGGAAAGCAAUGCACUAAAAAAAUUAAGAAAAAUCGAAAAAAAGGAAAAGAGUAAGAUGUCAUCUACUGAAAUUGAACAAGCUGAAGUUGAGUAUGAAGUAGCAAAGAGUACCCCAUUAUUUAAAAGACAAGCACCUUUUAAAAUAGAUCCAGAGGAAUAUCCACAUGUUCAUGAUCAAAUGAGAAAUCAUAUGAUAACUACUAAAUAUGACGGAGUCUCAAUAAUGCAGCCUGAGAAUGCUAUUAAAAAAGUUACUAAUGAUUAUGCUGAAUUUAUCAUACCGGGAGGUAAAAAGGGAGAUGUCAAAGAUAUGAAACUAGUUCAAGUUAGUUCACUAGACACUGUAGGACAAUUAGUGUUUAAGGAUAUUAAUGAAUUUAAUAGAAUACAGUCUGAAGUAUUUCCUGUUGCUUAUCAUUCAAACGAAAAUAUUUUGGUUUGUGCUCCAACCGGUGCUGGAAAGACAAAUAUUGCUUUACUAACCAUUGUUCAUCAAAUCCGAUGCCAUAUGGAGGGAAGUUUAAUAAGAAAGAACGAUUUUAAGAUUAUUUAUGUUUGCCCAAUGAAAGCGCUAGCUACGGAAAUGGUCACAAAUUUUAGUAAAAAGUUGGCUCCAGUUGGCAUAUCUGUUAAAGAAUGCACGGGGGACAUGCAAUUAACAAAGAAAGAAAUUGCGGAAACGCAAAUGCUGGUCACAACGCCCGAAAAAUGGGACGUUAUAACAAGAAAAGGAGCUGUUGAUACGGAAGUAGUAGGUUUGGUAAAACUGUUAAUAAUUGAUGAAGUUCAUUUACUUAAUGGCUCUAGAGGACCAGUUAUUGAAGCAUUGGUAGCAAGAACAUUGCGACAAGUCGUGAGCAGUCAGAGUAUGAUUAGAAUAGUAGCCCUAUCUGCUACACUCCCUGGAUAUUUAGAUGUCGCUCAGUUUUUGAAAGUGAAUCCGAAAAAUGGAUUAUUCUUCUUUGAUAACAGAUUUCGGUCGGUACCUUUGACAACAAGUUUUAUAGGCGUUAAAAAGAAAAACGAGAUAGAAACAAUGGAUAUGGUCUGUUAUGAGAAAGUAGUACAAUUUGUCCGGGAAGGACAUCAGGCAAUGGUUUUUGUCACAUCUAGAAACGCCACUGCCACCGUGGCAAAACGAUUAAUCGAAAUAGCACAAGAAAAAGGAACUCUUAGACUUUUUGAACCUGAAAAAGGAAUUAAAAUUAAUAGAUCAGGAUAUAAAAACAGCGACUUAGGCUUUUUAGUACCACAAGGAUUUGGUAUUCAUCAUGCAGGUAUGGUGAGGAACGAUAGACUUGAAGUGGAACAUAUGUUUAGAAAAGGAGAACUUAAAGUAAUAGUCUGUACCACAACAUUGGCUUGGGGUGUUAAUUUACCAGCACAUGCUGUUAUAAUAAGGGGAACGCUUCAUUAUGACGCAACAAAGUCUACUUUCGUAGAUAUGGAUAUGUUGGACGUUCAACAAAUUUUUGGCAGAGCUGGGAGGCCCCAAUAUGAUACGUCGGGUUAUGGAAUAAUUAUUACUACAAUGGCAAAUAUGUCAAAGUAUAUGGGAUUAAUGUUAUCUCAAGUUCCUAUUGAGAGUCAGUUUUUCAACUGUGUCCCAGACAACCUUAAUGCUGAGAUUAUAUUGGGAACAGUUUCAAAUGUGAGAGAGGCCAUGGAAUGGCUUGCAAAUACAUUUUUGUUUUGCAGAAUCAAAAAGAAUCCCUUAGUUUACGGUCUAACAUUUAAAGAAGUUUUCGAUAAUAUGCAGUUUAACCAAUAUUUGCAAAUGAAACUUGACGAGGCAGCUAAAAUUUUGGAAAAAUCUCAAAUGAUUCGCUUUGAUACAACACUGGGUGAACUUCGUCCUACGAAUUUCGGACGAAUCGCUAGUUUUUACUAUAUUUCUUAUAAAACGAUGGAGCUUUUUUAUGAAAAAUUUAAUAGAGAUAUAUCAGAAGCUGACAUAAUUCGAUUAUUAAGUGAGGCAUACGAAUUUCAACAAAUACAGGUGAGAAUGGACGAAAUCCACGAAUUGGAUAGAUUAAGGGAAUGUAAUGAGUAUGAUAUUAAUUUAGACUUUGCAAAUGUAACUUCAAAAGUAAUAUGUUUAAUACAAGCCAAUAUUAGCAAAGCUAUAAUCAGAGUUUCUUCCUUAGUUUCCGACUCGCAGUAUAUCAUGCAGACUGUAGUGAGAUUGGCUAGAGCACUAUUUGAGAUUGCAAAAGAUAGAAAUUAUGCACUUCAAGUUUCAAGAACUCUAAAAUUAGCUCAGAUGAUGGAACAACAAACAUGGGACAGCGUACAUCCAUUGUGGCAGUUUAAAGAGCUGGUACCGCACUUAAGCUCAUACAGAGCAAUGGAAAUACUAAACAUGAACAUUGAUGAGCUUAGAGACCUCUCAGAAAGGGAUUUGGAAAGUCUGUUUAGAUCCAAACAUGUCGCAAACAGAAUAAGCCAUUUCUGUCGCAUAUUUCCUGUGGUUGAAGUAGAUAUAGUUGUUAAACCAAUUACUGAUGGAGUUAUUAGAGUGAGAUUAUUAGUAACACCCAGAUUUAAAUGGGACAAUCAAACUCAUGGUAGUGUUCAACAUUACUACGCUUACGUCGAAGAUCCGAUUCAUGAUAGCAUUUAUCAUAUUGACUCAUUUGUCGUAACAAAGCGCAUGUGUUUACCAGGAGCAGAUCCGAUAGAACUAGUUUUCACAGUUCCUUUAACAAAACCUCUUUCGUGGGAGUACUACGUUCAUGUUGUUAACAGUCAUUUUAUUCAUUCAGAACGAAUCGAAGUAAUCAAUUUGGAUGAAAUAAAACUGUUUCCUUCGGAAUCCUUUCAAACGAAAAUACUGGAUUUACAGCCUUUAUCAAAAAAAGUUUUACGCAACAGGGCCUACGAGGAUCUUUAUCCUUUUACUCAUUUUAAUGCAGUUCAAAGCCAAGUGUUUCAUUCUUGUUAUUAUACCGAUACUCCGAUUAUAUUAGGAGCUCCGACAGGUUCUGGAAAAACAAUUGUUGCAGAACUGUGUAUUUUAAGAUUAUUUUCAUUAAAUCCGGAACAAAAGGUGGUCUACAUAGCUCCCAUGAAAGCACUCGUCCGAGAAAGGGUUUUGGAUUGGUCUAAAAAAUUUGUUAAAAUAAAUAAGAGAGUUGUUGAGGUAACUGGAGAUAUAACGCCUAGAUCAGAGCUUAUAAGAUCGGCGCAUAUUAUUAUUACAACUCCAGAAAAAUGGGACGCGAUGAGUAGGAAUUGGACGGAAAAAGACUUUGUUAAACAAGUUGGUUUGAUGAUUAUCGACGAGAUCCAUCUUUUAGGUGAGGAUCGCGGACCAGUCCUUGAAGUUAUCGUUUCCAGAAUGAACUGCAUAAACCACAAAAAAAAUACUAACGUUAGAAUCAUUGGUCUCUCAACUGCUAUGGCUAAUCCUGGCGAUCUGGCUAACUGGUUAAAUUGCGAUAAAAGAGGUUUAUUUAACUUUAGUUCGGCCGUCCGACCGGUACCUUUGGAAAUCCACCUUCAAGGUUUUGAAGUGAAACAUUAUUGUCCAAGAAUGGCCGCCAUGAAUAAAUCAGUGUAUCAGGCCAUAUGCCAAUACGCAUCUCAAAGUUCCGCCUUGAUUUUUGUGUCUUCCCGUAAACAAACGCGCAUUACGGGCUAUGAGCUGAUGAAAUUCUUACUUUCCGAAAACAAUCCACAGAAAUGGAUGCACUGCGAAUCGUACGAGUUGGAAGAUAUUAAAGCAAGACUGGUCGAUCAAGAUUUGGCUCAACUAUUAACUUUCGGUAUUGGAAUGCACCACGCAGGGUUAACCGACACGGAUAGAAACUUAGUUGAGGAACUAUAUGUAAACCAAAAAAUACAGGUUCUUGUUGCUACAGCUACCUUGGCAUGGGGUGUUAAUUUUCCGGCUAGAUUGGUUGUAGUUAAAGGCACGGAAUAUUUUGACGCAGCUACUAAACGUUACGUCGAUAUGCCGAUAACAGACGUCAUUCAGAUGGCCGGUAGAGCUGGUAGACCACAGUACGACACCACUGGCGUAGCCUGUGUUAUGGUGCAAGAAAGUAAAAAGAAUUUUUACAGGAAAUUCCUAUUUGAACCGUUUCCGGUAGAAUCAAAUCUUCUGGAAACAUUGCCAGAUCAUGUUAAUGCCGAAAUUGCCAAUGGAAAUAUAGUUAGUAAACCUCAACUAAUAGAAUUCAUUGAAUCAACAUUUUUCUUCAGAAGAUUACUAGCCAAUCCAAGUUAUUACCAAUUGGAAGGAGACACUGAUCCUUUAGAGUAUGUUAGUGAAUUGGUAGAUUCUGUUAUUAAUACUUUACAACAACAUGACUGUGUAUUAGCAUCAGAAACUGAGAAUAUCAAGAACUUUUAUGAGACUACUUUCUUAGGCAUGUUAGGUUGUCAAUAUUAUUUAUCUUAUAAAACUGUACAUUUUCUGAGUGAGAAUAUGCAAUUUGAUAAUUCUAUAGAUGAUUUACUCUCCCUUAUUUGCCAAGUAGAAGAAUAUAAACUAUUUCCAGUUAGACAUAAUGAAGACAAUAUAAAUAAGGAUUUAGCUAGGGAUCUAGAUAUUAAAUCAAAUUUUCCAUUUGAUUCUCCUAGUUUAAAGGUUCUAUUAAUGAUAAAAUGCUACCUUCUGGAUGCAAACCUACCAAAUCAAGAAUAUGUACUUGAUCUUAAAUCUGUACUGGAUCAAAUUAUUCGAAUUAUUCAUGCAAUGAUGAAUUUAGCUGCGGGAAGACACUGGCUUGAUUGUACUAUUAAAUUAAUAUAUCUUUGUCAGAUGCUUAUACAAGGUUAUAUGGUGUCAGAAUCCAACCUUAUUAUGCUCCCUUACGUCAACAAAAGCAAUUCGAUUCAAAUUAGAGAGAAAUGGUCAAAACUAUUGCAACUUGAUGAUUUCAGUAUACCAUCAAUUAGAGCCUACAUGGAUAGACAUAAAGAUAAUAAAGAGGUGCUAUACAUAUUUACGGAUAUUUUUGGAAGUAAAGCAUCAUCGGAGAUCAUGAAAUCGAUCAACGGGUUACCUAUAUUGACCAUACAAACCAAGAUUAGCAGUUGCGAAAUGAAAAACUGUAUUGAACCAGAAGUAAAUGAGCAAAAUUGUAGUAUAAUUAAUCUCGAGAUAAAAGGCGAAGGUGAAUAUAUAUUAACUUUAGAGUUAUAUAGGGAUGGCUCUAGUCAAAUGAACGUACAUAGUAAAAAAUUUAAUAAGCAAAAAGAAGAAUUUUGGUUUAUGGUAUUAUCAAUGGAAGGAAAACUGGAAUUUAGGAAAUUUUCCUUUAGUAAAAAAUAUAAAAAGAUAGAAAUUCCAUUAUAUUUAAGAAGAGGAUUUUAUCAGUAUACACUUCACAUUAUGAGUGAUUGUUAUAUAGGAUUUGAUCAAAUUUUAACUUACAGUAUCAAAAAUAUUUGAUUAUAUAAUUUACAUUGAGUUUUGAUCUGUACAUACUUUUUCGGUUAGUAUAUUUGUUUAUAAUAUAUACAUGAAAAGAUUAUAGUUAUAUUCACGUUGAUGUUAUAUUUUAUUUUAUUUUUAUAAAGAUGGAUUAAUUUCAAAAAGUAAUGUUUAAUAUAACUUCUUGAAAUAAAA